AUCAGGUGAAAAGAGGAAAUAAAGACCUUUAAAAUGACACAUGAAAUUGUUGCGGGGAGUUGCGGGAGCUUAUUUUAUUGACUUUUAAAGUUCGCGCAAGCAUGUGUGCGCGUGCGAUCGUAAUUGUCGGCGAGCGUAAAAAUUCGAAAUAAUAAGCAUCUUGCACUUUGGCUUGCGGAGUUUUGAUACAAUUUGCAACAUUGGAUAUCGCCAAGAUGUCAAAAAGUUCCAUCUUCAUAUGAGCCCUGAUGAAAAAAGACUGGUUGCAAAUCGGGAGACACAAGUCAAGCAAGAAUUUCGCGAGCAGCUGGGUCUAAUUGUUGACCAGAGGCGGGAUGGAGGUGCUGGCACUACAACAACAGGAAAUGUUGCUCGCAAAGCUUUUCAAAACCCAGAAAUUGUUGCAAGAAUCUGUGAUGUCCCUGUCAAACUGGUUGAAAAUCUUGGAACACUCUGGUCUGCCCUUGCAUCUGGAUAUGCCAUUGAUCCAGACAAGUUUGGAGUUCUGUGUGAAGAGACUGAGAAGAUUUAUCUUGACCAUGUAAAAUGGUACUGGUUGUCCCCAACAAUUCACAAGGUUCUGAAACAUGGAAAACAAAUCAUUGAAGCUUGUGUUCUUCCAAUUGGAAUGACCAAUAAGGAACCAGGAGAGGCUAACAACAAAUUUCUUCGAAAAAUCCGUCUUUAUCAUGCUCGAAAAUCAUCCUGGCUCAAUGGCAUGUCUAACCUUUUCUUGAGACUGAUGGACAUCAUUGAUCCAAAGAUACAGUUAUCUAACAUUAGUAAGCUUCUUGAAAACCUAAUGUGUUCUAGAAUGUACUCUUUUCUAAACUCUUUUAACUGUUUAAAUGAGUUUCAAUUUGGUUUUCGAUCAAACCACUCUACCUGCCACGAACUGAUAAGUAUAACUGAAAGAAUUAGAAAAGCUCUUGAUACUGGUCAUUUUGCUUGUGGUGUUUUUGUCGAUUUACAAAGAGCUUUUGAUACCGUUGAUCAUAGCAAUUAG